CCCUCUACAUGGCUGCACAGGAGAAUCACCUGGAGGUGGUCAAGUUCCUGCUGGAGAACGGAGCCAAUCAGAACAUAGCGACCGAGGACGGCUUCACCCCGCUGGCCGUGGCUCUGCAGCAGGGCCAUGAGAACGUGGUGGCUCUGCUCAUUAACUACGGGACGAAGGGCAAGGUGCGGCUGCCAGCGCUCCACAUAGCCGCGCGCAACGAUGACACGCGCACCGCUGCAGUGCUGCUGCAGAACGACCCCAAUGCAGACGUGCUCUCCAAGACUGGCUUCACCCCCCUGCACAUCGCAGCUCAUUAUGAGAAUCUGAAUGUGGCUCAGCUACUGCUCAACAGAGGGGCCAGCGUCAACUUCACCCCUAAGAACGGCAUCACCCCUCUGCACAUCGCGUCCCGGAGAGGGAAUGUGAUCAUGGUGAAGCUGCUGCUGGACAGAGGGGCGCAGAUCGACUCCCAAACCAAGGAUGAGUUGACCCCUUUGCACUGCGCUGCGCGGAACGGACACGCGAGAAUCAUCGAGAUCCUGCUGGACCACGGGGCCCCCAUCCAGGCCAAGACCAAGAACGGCCUGUCUCCCAUCCACAUGGCCGCGCAGGGAGACCACAUGGACUGCGUGCGUCUGCUCCUCCAGUACAACGCAGAGAUCGACGACAUCACCCUGGAUCACCUGACCCCACUGCACGUGGCAGCCCACUGCGGAAACCACCGCAUGGCUCGAGUGCUGCUGGACAAGGGGGCGAAGCCCAACGCCCGUGCACUGAACGGAUUCACUCCUCUGCACAUCGCCUGCAAGAAGAACCACAUGAGAGUGAUGGACCUGCUGCUGAAGCACUCGGCAUCGCUGGAGGCUGUCACCGAGUCAGGUCUGACCCCUCUGCAUGUGGCCUCCUUCAUGGGACACCUCAACGUCAUGAAGCUCCUGCUGCAGCGCGGUGCCUCCCCCAGCGUCUCCAACGUGAAAGUGGAGACCCCUCUGCACAUGGCAGCGCGCGGGGGGCACGCGGAGGUGGCCCAGUUCUUACUCCAGAACAAGGCCCAGGUUGAUGCCAAGGCUAAGGAUGACCAGACCCCUCUGCACUGCGCCUCACGGAUGGGGCACAAGGAGCUGGUGAAGGUGCUGCUGGAGCACAAAGCCAACCCGAACUCGGCCACCACGGCCGGGCACACGCCCCUGCACAUCGCGGCCCGCGAGGGCCACGUGGCCACCAUUCACAUCCUGCUGGACGGAGGGGCUCAGCAGGCACGCAUGACCAAGAAAGGGUUCACACCUCUCCACGUGGCAGCAAAGUACAAUAAAUUGGAAGUGGCGGAACAGCUGCUGGAGCGAGACGCCAACCCCAACGCAUCGGGCAAGAACGGACUGACCCCUCUCCAUGUGGCUGUGCAUCACAACCACCUGGAAAUAGUGAAGCUCCUGCUCAGCAAGGGAGGCUCCCCACACAACAGCGCUCGGAACGGCUACACUCCGCUCCACAUCGCCUCCAAGCAGAACCAGCUGGAGGUGGCCGGAAGCCUGCUGCAGUUUGGAGCCUCAGCUAACUCAGAGUCCCUGCAGGGGGUGACCCCGCUGCACCUGGCAGCGCAGGAGGGGCGCCCCGACAUGGUGGCCCUGCUCAUCUCCAAGCAGGCCAACGUCAACCUGGGCAACAAGAGCGGGCUGAUUCCUCUUCACCUGGUGGCUCAGGAGGGUCACGUUCCCAUCGCAGACAUGUUGGUGAAGAAGGGGGCCUCGGUCUGCGCAGUGACACGGAUGGGCUACACCCCGCUCCACAUCGCCUGCCACUACGGGAACAUCAAGAUGGUGAGGUUCCUGCUGCAGCAGCAAGCCAACGUGAACGCCAAGACCAAGGUGGGCUACACCCCCUUGCACCAGGCGGCACAGCAGGGACACACAGACAUCGUGACGCUGCUUCUGAAACACGGGGCGUCCCCCAACGAGAUCACCUCGGUGGGCACCACAGCCCUGGGCAUCGCCAAGCGCCUCGGCUACAUCUCCGUCAGCGACGUGCUGAAGCUGGUAACCGAGGAGAAGACCCCCGUGAGCACCACUGAGAAGCAUCGCAUGAGCUUCCCAGAGACAGUGGACGAGGUUCUGGAUGUUUCAGAGGACGAAGGGAUUGCACAGCUAACUCUAGGAGAGGAGCUGCUGGGAGGAGAUGGAGCUAAAUACAUGCAGCUGGAUGACCUCAAGGACCAGGAUGAUGACUUCCUGUCCCCCAAGAAGACUCUGGAGAGCGGGCUGGUCACAGCGCCAUAUUCCCCGAUCCUUCCCAGAAUCCCCUGCGUCUCUCCAGAAACGGUCAUUCUGAAAGAACAGGAUAUAGUUCAUAUGGAGCAGGUAUUUGACACUGCACUCUAUACUAAUCAAAUCCCGAUGCACCCCCUGCCCAAGGAAUACGAUGAGGACUCGCUGAUCCCCAGCAGCCCAGCCACAGAGACCUCGGACAACGUGAGCCCCGUGGCCAGUCCCAUACACACUGGCUUCCUGGUCAGUUUCAUGGUGGACGCUCGUGGAGGGUCGAUGCGCGGCAGUCGGCACAACGGUCUGCGAGUGAUCAUCCCGCCCCGGACCUGUGCAGCCCCCACCCGCAUCACCUGCCGCCUCAUCAAACCGCAGAAACUCCCCACCCCGCCCUCCCUGGUGGAGGGGGAGGGGCUGGCCAGCCGCAUCAUAUCCCUGGGGCCGGCUGGAGCACACUUCCUGGGGCCUGUGAUUGUGGAGAUCCCUCACUUUGCCUCUCUGGGCCAGGGGGAUCGAGAGCUGGUGGUCCUGCGCAGUGAGAACGGCUCCACCUGGAAGGAGCAUCGCAACAAAUAUGGAGAGGACCUGCUGGAGACCAUCCUGAACGGCAUGGACGAGGACCUGGAGAGUCAGCUGGAGCUGGAUAAGAAGAGAGUCCGCAGGAUAAUUUCCACGGACUUCCCGCUGUACUUCGCUGUGGUGUCCCGCAUCCAGCAGGCGUGCGAUAUGAUUGGACCGGAGGGGGGCGUGCUCUGCAACAGGCUGAUCCCAUUGGUCCAGGCCACCUUCCCAGAGACAGCUGUGACCAAGAGAGUGCGGCUCGGCCUGCAGGCCCAGCCGGUCCCGGACGAGCUGGUGACGACCCUCCUGGGUAACCAGGCCACGUUCAGCCCGGUGGUGACGGUGGAGCCACGCAGGAGGAAGUUCCACCGGCCCAUCGGCCUUCGCAUCCCGCUGCCCCCCUCCUGGAGAGAGAACCCGCGGGACGCAGGGGAGGGGGACACCACCAGCCUGCGCCUGCUCUGCAGCGUCAUCGGUGGCACUGCCCUGGCUCAAUGGGAGGAUAUCACAGGAACCACCAAGCUGAUGUACGCCAAGGACUGUGCCAGCUUCACCACCAACGUGUCGGCACGGUUCUGGCUGGCAGACUGUCCCCGCACGGCCGAGGCGGUGAGCUUCGCCAACCUGCUCUACAGGGAGCUGUCAGCUGUGCCCUACAUGGCCAAGUUCGUGGUGUUCGCCAAAAUGAAUGAGGCGCGCGAGGGUCGACUGCGCUGCUACUGCAUGACUGACGACAAGGUGGACAAGACUCUGGAGCAGCACGAGAACUUCAUUGAGGUGGCACGCAGCCGGGACAUAGAGGUGCUGGAGGGAAUGCCGCUCCACUUGGAGUGCACCGGGAAUCUGAUCCCGGUUCGGAAAGCCACUCAGCAGCUCCGCAGCUUCAGCUUCCAGGCGUUCCGGGAUAACCGGCUCCCCGUGUCCGUCAAGGUGCGGGACAGCAGCAAGGACCCCUCGGGAUUCCUCUCCUUCCUGCGCAAGCCCACCAAGUACGAGGACAGCCAGCACGUGCUCUGCAACCUCAAUAUCAGCAUGCCUCCCUGCAGCAAGGUGGCGGGCAGUGAGGACAGGAGACGCACUCUUACACCGCUGGCUCUGAGAGAGCGGUACAGCGCCCUGAGCGAGCCCACCAUGGCCUCAAAGACUGCGAUGGAGCGGACAGAGUUGAAAAUGGCUCUCAUAUCGGAGCAGCUGGGACUCAGCUGGGCAGAGCUGGCUCGGGAGCUGGAGUUCAGUGUGGAUGACAUCAACAGGAUCCGAGUGGAGAACCCCAACUCCCUGCUGGAGCAGAGCUCCGCCCUGCUGAAUCUGUGGGCAACACGCGAGGGCAAGAGAGCCAAGAUGGAGAGUUUAUACACCGCCCUGAAGAGCGUUGACCGCACAGACAUUGUUAACAUGCUAGAGGGCUCUGGACCGCAGCCUCGCGGGCUGAAAGACAGCCGCCGCUACACUGAGCGAGACUAUCUGCUGUCCCCCUCCAUAAUGAACGGUUACUCCCUGGUUCAGGAGGAGCUCCUGUCCCCUGCCUCCAUGCAAUACAUCCUGCCGUCGCCGCUGAGCACUGACACCUACUGGCAGGAGGUGUCCAGCAUGGAUUGUGCCCCCAUCGCCACCACGGAGGAGGACACGCUGAUGGAGAUGUCCGAGGUCCAGGUGUGGCCCCGGGGGCACAGCCCCUCGCUGGUCCCUGUGGAGGACUCAUCCCUGGAGUGCAGCAACGCCGAGGACUCGGACGCAGGGCAGGCCGGAGCAGGAGGGGGCUCGCUGGACCUGGUGGAGGACGAGGCGGUGGAUGAUUCGGAUAGGGCUUUCAAUGGGCUGGACCGGGGUCAGAGGUCAAAGGGCAGGAGGGCGGCGCAGGAGAAGGAGCUGCAGGCCGCAGCCACAGCAGGACAGAGUACCAAGGACGGGCUUUCUCUCGUUUCAGGACAGCAGCGGGUCUACGCGCGGCUCAGCGACUCUCCCGGACUCAGCAGGGUGGCCGAGAGGAACGGAGCGGAGAGGCCUCGGGAGUCCCCUGCCGGGGGUUCGUUCCUCUCUUACCUGCAGGAGCAGCCCCUGUCCUCGUGGCAGCCCCCCCCCGAGUUCUCACAGAGCUGGGUUCAGCAGCGGCAGCAGCGCAUGGCCGAGUCGAUGAUGCCACCGUUGCGUGCCGCGGACCCCAGCCAAUCACGCGUCUCCCAGGAGUCCCUGCAGCAGCCAGUCCGGGACAUGGGCCAUUCGGAGAUCCUGCGAGGUCACAUCCUGUCCACGCAGCCCUCCGACAAGGGGCUGGGCGUCCAGCAGAGGAGCUGGUUCGGAGCAGGGCAGCACAUCCACCAGGAGCUGGACCAGGAGCUGGGCGAGGGAGAGGAGGGCGGCGAUGACGAGGAGAGCGAGACCACGCACGUCGUGCGCCGCAGGGUCGUAGUCAAGGGAGAUGAAGUCGAGGACAUUCCAGGAGGGCAGUUCAGCGAGGAGCAGUUCACAGACGAGCAUGGGAACAUCGUCACAAAGAAGGUAGGGAGACACCUCCACCCUGCUGGGCAGACAUCAGACUGGGCAGAAGGUGCAGCAGUAACUGUGCGGAAGGUGGUGUGUCGGAUGCAGGGGGAGGGUCCGGGCGAGCACGAGGUCAGUGUGGAGCGCUCACUGCAGGAGCCGGCAGAGCUGGAGACGGAGGCAGAGCAGUUCAUGAACUACGCCAUCCUGAGGAGGGACAGCAGCAACAAGGAUCUCACAUCCACCCCCAAAGCAUUCAACACAGACGAGUGACCCGGGACAAGAAGCAGCAGCAAAACUAAAAAGAAACGGGGGUGGAAAAAAAAAAAAAAGAAACAAACAUUUAAUUGGAAAUCUACUUGUAGUUUUGUUACUUUAAAAAAAAAAAAAAAAUUAGGCUAGAGGCAUGAUUUUUUAAAACAGAGAGAUUCCUGUUAUCUUUAUCAGCAUGCCAAAGCAUGCCCUGUGACUACCCUAAUGCCCGAGGGUGGGGGGUGGGGGGGAGUCCUCCUGAUUCAAAGGGGGUAGGAGGUUUUAAUCCAGUAAUUCCCCCUGUUGCACCAGUGCGAAGCUAACUGGUUUCACAAUCAGAAUAUAUAUAUAUAGGUCUCAAUAGGAGCGGAAUUAUUGCCACCAUCAGAUGGGUGAGUAAAGCAGAGGGCUGGGGUUUGCAGAGAGAUCGUUUGGGGAGGAAUGUGACAGAGAGAGGUCACAAGCAGGGAGUUCACUGCAUGGUGUUCAUGGGGCAUUACUUGGUUAAAACUCUGCAGAUGGGGAGGGGAGGGGAGUCUUUGCGAAGCCCUUGUCGAGAUGCAUCCUGCAAACAGCAGCCCGCUCCUUCAUCUCCACUACAGGGCUCCGCGCCAUGUCUUUGGUUUCCUGCGCGGCUUUAAGCCUGGGAGACAGACAGCCGGCAGCUCCAGGAGGAUAUUUCAGCUCUGUGGGGCUCAGCGAGUUAAAGACCCCAGCCCUUCACCUCUGCAAGCCCCACUUCAGAUCCAGUUUAGGCAAAUCUGCUCAACCCAGGACCCAACUGCAGUGGUGGAGCCCUUUAACCUGCAGGGCCAUCGGUCCCUCAUCUCUCAUCAGCAAUACAGCUCACCGGCAAACCUGCGCUGACAGCAUGCUUCACACCAGUGCUGUCUGGUGGGCAUUUAUCAAAUAGCAAGUUUCUCUUCACACAAUCUAUAGCUCUCUUUAAAAUCACCCCAUUGCAAUGGUGCAGGACUGGGGGGCGCCUGCGUUUUUCGAAGGUACGCAAGCUAGCUUGAGGCAGCUGCUUGCUUGUAUACACGUAAACCCUCCCCCCAAACCCCAAACCGCCAGUCAAGAGGCCACUUCUCUGUAGACUGUGGCUGUUAUGCAGAUGCUGGUGGAAUGAUGAUGUCACAAUACAAAACAUAUCAUGCUACACCGCUGUCUUGGGACUGCGCUGCACUGGAGCGUAAGAGGAGGUCAACGCCGAUAGACUAUGUUGUUAUGCAAGGCUUUUUUCAGGAAAGAAUGCGUGGGAUCAGUAAAGCAAAGCACAUUUCUGUAUUCAUCUGUGGAGAGUCUCUCAUUUCUACAUAGUGUGCUCAAGCCUACCAUAUCUCUGCCGGCUGGCUCGCAGCGACCCCUUUCACCUCUAGGUGGGGGCGUUGCAACGCGGUCUGGACAGACUCGGGGGCCCUUUGCUGAAAACAGCAACCCAAGCACUGUGACCAUGGCUAACUUUGACCCCUUUACUGUGAAUCAGGCCCCAGCGUCGGCCCCUUAUCUGGGGGGGUCUUCAGGGGGUCCCAGGCUCUGGGGGGAAGGAGGGGGGACGGCGCUCUGUGGGAUUCAAAGCCAUUCUUUGGCCCUUCAUCAGGUUGACAUCACAAACACACUGCUCUGUCUAGCUCGCCAGCUGCAGCAAUAAACUCGGGUAACCCCUGCACUUUCUUCCUUGAGCUUCCAUUAGUGCAAGACAGACAGGGCUCCUUCAUACAGAGCUCCUUUCUAGAGAGACAGAGAGAGAGUAGAGGCUGUGCCAGUGAGCAUCACUGUAAGAGAGGGACACACACACACACAAGAAAAGCAGCAAGGUGACUCCAACUCCCAGGGUUCCCUGGACCUCAAGCACAUUGGACUCCAUUUCUCACAGUUCCACAAGCCUUUUCAUGUAAAGGAACAGGCUUCGUCAGCAGUGUAUGGCAAACUGGACUGUCAGUCUGGCGGGUGACGAAAGCAAAAAGUUAGCUGAAGGUGUGUGUGCGUGUCGCAUCAUUCACUGUCGUGCUACCCAGAACGAUGCACCCCUCCAUUUAGAACAUGCAACGCUUUCUCCCUUCACAACCUCUACAAAACACAAAACAACUAGCCUCCUGGGCAGGCGUGCAAAAUGAAUCAGAACUAGCCAGCCGGGCAGGCGUGCAAAAUGAAUCAGAACUAGCCAGCCGGGCAGGCGUGCAAAAUGAAUCAGAACUAGCCAGCCGGGCAGGCGUGCAAAAUGAAUCAGAACUAGCCAGCCGGGCAGGCGUGCAAAAUGAAUCAGAACUAGCCAGCCGGGCAGGCGUGCAAAAUGAAUCAGAACUAGCCAGCCGGGCAGGCGUGCAAAAUGAAUCAGAAUAGUUUUAAAUGUGGUCGGUAGAGUGGACCGAGAGCGGGGGGAGGUUAGGAUGGUUCUGAGCGACACUCUGGUUUGCCAUACAAGCACAAGCAAUCUUUUAUUCAUUUAUUUUAAGAGCGCCGUUUCUGCGUUUUUGCGGAGCAGGCAAUAUGCAAUCAUAGCGUUUCUCACAGCGGAGCGGAGAGGUGGGGGGGGUAAUGCUUGCCAGCCCGGCGCCAACUUCAACACGUCAUAUCAGAAUACGAGGGGAGUGGGGUGCUGUCUUCAGUAACUUUGGAGUUGGAAUUGCACUGCAGUGAGGGAUUAGAGGGGGUAGAGGGCUCCUGUCUGACAAAAGCAAGUACACGCAAAAAUAUUACCUGUUGCAAAAAUUAGAGAACAAUGUACUCCUGUAGAAUGGUUUGACGUUAUAUUAAAUCGCAAAAGCAUAUUACUCUAUACUUAUGAAUGCAUCUGCGCCCAUGCACAGAUAAAAAUACAUUUUUAAUAUAUAUAUAUAUAUAAAUAUAAAUAUAUAAAAUCUAUUUAAUUAGAAUGCCAUGCACUGUUUCAUGCUAUCCAGGACUAGAGCUAUGUUAAGGCUGUACCUAGCGAUUUAGCGAUCCACACGCAGGGAUCAGUCAUAUAGACGCUUUGUAGGUAUUUGAAUUUUCUGUUUUUUUAUUGUUAUGGAAAUACAUAAAUACAUGUGAGCCUUUUAACAAUCAGAUUCAAUCUGAAAUGAAGGUAUGUAUAGAUCUUUUUUUUUUCCCUGUACACCAGCUGAAAUAAAUUUACAAACAUUAAUAAAGAAAUGAAAAAUUGA